AAUCGCCGAAAACCCCGUGCAGCGCCAACGGCGAAGGCAGAAGCCGGCAAAGCGUAGCGCGGAACGGAAAACGGAAGGCAGCCAGCCACCCGCCGCCGCGUGCCGUGCCUCGAUCGAUGGACUCCUCCUCCUCCUCCUCCUCCUCCGCGGCGGCUGGGGCCGGGGCGCCGGAGCCGGUGGUGCUGGUGACGAACGACGACGGCAUCGACGCGCCGGGGCUCCGCUUCCUCGUCGACCAGCUCGUCGCCGCCCGCCGCUUCCGCGUCCUCGUCUGCGCGCCCGACACAGACAGGUCAGGCGUUAGCCACUCCAUCACAUGGCGCCCUGCGCUCCGCUGUAAACGGGUUGAUAUAGAUGGUGCUACAGCAUUUGCAGCCUCAGGGACUCCUGCUGACUGUGCCUCUUUAGGCAUAUCUGGGAAGCUCUUUAAUGGUUUGGUUCCAGAUCUGGUAGUUAGUGGAAUCAAUGUUGGCAACAAUUGUGGAUACCAUGUUGUCUAUUCUGGAACAGUUGGUGGUGCUAGGGAGGCAUUCUUAUAUGGGAUUCCUGCAUUAGCUAUGUCAUAUGAUUGGGUCGCAGGUCAGAGCAGUGCUAACGACCUCAAAAUGGCUGCAGAGGUUGUUAUUCCUCUAAUAAAUACUGUCAUGGUUGAGAUUAAGAAUGGAACAUAUCCUCGAGGCUCAUUCUUGAAUAUAGAUAUACCAACUGAUGCUGCACACCACAAGGGAUACAAAAUUACAAAGCAAGGAAAGUAUAUGGCCAGAAUUGGUUGGGAGCAAACAGUUUAUAAGAAGCCUGCAGUAGAAAGUUACCAGACAGCAAACAUGGAUAUCGACAGUGAAAAGGACAGUGAACAAGAUACUUCAUCAGAGAAUGACCUAUUGUUUAAAAGAGUGCUUGUGAGGCGAAGUUAUGAUGAAGAGGAAGGGGAUGACAUGGAUCACAAGUCCCUUGUAGAUGGAUAUAUUACUGUUACUCCUUUGGGAGCUCUCUCGCGUGCAGAAGCUGAUGUCGUACCAUACUAUAAAGCUUGCUUGUCACGUCUGGCUGAUAACUCAUCUUCCUCCCUCUAGUGAUCCUUUUCAGGUGAUCAGGAUACUUGAUGGGGCCGAGGAAACGAACCAGUUGGUGUCAUGACCUUGCAAUUUGCAAAUAAAUUUACAUGAAUUUCUGGCCUUAUAGCUGAUUGCCACUGAUGCAUUGCCAUAUUAUGUACUUCCAUGAUAAUUGUUCAGAGCAUAUUUAUCACGUAACUCGUACUAUUUACAACUACAGUUCCACAAUAAUUCAUUGGUAUUAUAUUUUCUCUGAGCUUGUUUCAUAUAAAGCCAUAUCAAUCACAUUUCUAAGCUUCUCCCAAUUUCUUGAA